AUGAUCGCCGCUGAAAAUCAGUCGAGUUUGCGUGCCGGCUCCAGGCUGGGGCAGUUCGUGGAGCAAGCGGACGACGGAAGUGUGGGUGGCGGCAACGAGGCUGGUGGAGCCGGUGCAACCACUACCUCGGAGCUAGGUGUAAUGAAGAAGGAGGAGCAGGAGGCGACGAAGAACGAUAGCUCCCCUAAAGAGGUGAACAAUUCAACGGUCACAGUAACUACACCUAGCGGCGUCGCGACGACGACGGCGUCCAUUGCGAACGAGGAGGACGUGGAAGUGGAGGGUGGAGCGGCGCAGGAGGCGGUCGGUGGCGGUCUGCUGGCGAGUGAGGGUGGGGGUGGAGGCGGCAUGGCCGGCUUCUGGAGGCAGAGUAGACCCUCCAGUCCCCGCAUGCCGCCUCCGGAGCAGCUGGAGCACAGGCCUAAGAGCCGACACGAGCCGGCGCCCGCGAGAUACAACAACCUCGGCUAUUGGAGGGCGAGACGAGUGACAUUUUACAAAAAUGGCGACCCGUAUUUUCCUGGUAUCGAGUUCAGGUUCAAGCCAGGAAGGGACAUCGGUUCCCUGGAGGCCCUCCUGGACAGACUAUCACUGCGAAUGGACUUGCCCAGAGGUGCGAGACACAUCUUCUCCAUGGAUGGGGACCGGAAGCUUACUCUGGACGAGCUGGAGGACGGCGCGUCGUACGUGGUAUCGAGCUACAAAACGUUCAAGGCACCACCUCCUGGCGGUGGAAAGCCUUCUUCAGGACGCGUCAUACGUAUCGUUAACAACCAUGAUCACACCGUGCAGUGUCGAGUCCUGUUGAACCUACGUACUUCACAGCCGUUCGAAGAGGUUGUGGAGGAUCUUGGGCAGGUAUUGAAGAUGAACGGAGCCAAGAGGAUGUUCACAGUCUCUGGACAGGAGGUGAGGAGUUUCUCGCAGCUGAGAAACGAGUUCGCAGACGUGGACACGUUCUACCUGGGCACAGGAUCGGGCAUAGGUUUGGCGGGUGCUGUUACCGCGUCUCCAGCGAGGAGAUCUAGGUCGCGAGGACCACCCACUGUGGUUGAAGACAUUGGUCGUCAGAGACGAGCUCGUAGCAAAAGCAGACCCCGCGCUUUGUACGCCCCUGACUCUGAUGUCGUCCGAGUAAACGGUUCUCUAUACAAUUCUUUCCUUUAUAUAUUGCUGGAAGUCUUACGGGAUGAACCAGCCAGAGUGACGAUCAGAGGGCUGAGACGUUCCUUUUACCCUCCUUCACACCUACCACCGGUGGAUAAUUCACCACCGGAUAAGAAACUGCAACUCGAAUGGGUUUACGGGUAUCGGGGCACCGAUACACGAAGAAAUCUUUGGGUCUUACCCAGUGGAGAGCUUCUUUACUACGUUGCUGCCGUGGCUGUUCUCUUCGACAGAGAGGAAAAUGCACAACGGCACUAUGUGGGUCACACUGAGGACAUCACAUGCAUGGAGGUUCACCCAAGCAGAGAGCUGGUGGCAUCUGGGCAAAAAGCGGGCAGGCACAGAAAAGCGCAACCGCAUGUUCGCAUAUGGUCAACAGAGACUCUACUCACUCUAUACGUGUUCGGAAUGACUGAGUUCCAGAUGGGCGUCUCUGCGUUAGCCUUCUCGCAAUUGAAUGGUGGUAGUUAUGUGCUAGCUGUGGACGCUGGCAGGGAGGCGAUACUCUCUGUGUGGCAGUGGCAAUGGGGUCAUCUAUUGGGCAAAGUGGCGACUAUGCAAGAGGAUCUGACUGGUGCAGCCUUUCAUCCUUUGGAUGAUAAUCUGUUGAUAACUCACGGCAGAGGGCACUUGACUUUCUGGAACAGAAGAAAGGAUGGUUUUUUCGAGAGGACAGACAUUAUCAAGCCGCCAUCUCGUACGCACGUGACCAGCAUCCAGUUCGAGCAAGACGGAGAUGUUGUUACAGCGGACAGCGAUGGUUUCAUUACGGUGUACUCUGUGGACGCGGAUGGCGCUUAUUUUGUUAGAAUGGAGUUCGAAGCGCAUAAUAAGGGAAUUAGUUCAUUAGUUAUGUUGUCUGAGGGAACGUUGCUGUCUGGUGGAGAGAAGGAUCGUAAGAUAGCUGCUUGGGAUUCUCUGCAGAAUUAUAAACGUAUUACUGAUACGAAGUUACCAGAAGCGGUGGGAGGAGUCAGGAGCAUCUAUCCUCAGAGACCAGGCAGGAACGAUGGGAAUAUAUACGUUGGAACAACCAGGAAUAAUAUUCUUGAGGGAUCUUUGCAGAGAAGGUUCAAUCUAGUUGUGUUUGGUCAUGGUAGACAGCUGUGGGGUCUUGCUGUACAUCCGGAUGACGAGGUAUUCGCCACAGCUGGACACGAUAAGAACAUUGCACUAUGGCGGAGACAUAAACUUUUAUGGACGACGCAGGUGGGUUUCGAGUGCAUCUGCAUAGCUUUCCAUCCAUUUGGCGUCGCCCUGGCCGCAGGUUCCUCCGAGGGUCACCUUCUGGUCCUGGCCGCGGACACAGGAGCGGCUGUAGCCACCCUCAGAGUCUGUGGCUCGCCACUAUCAUGCAUAGGCUACAAUCCAACUGGAGAAAUCGUGGCGAUGGGCUCCCAAAACGGCAGCGUGUACCUCUUCAGAGUAUCCAGAGAUGGCUUCUCCUAUAAGAAAAGCAACAAGAUUCGCGGAACGCAACCAUUGGUCCAAUUAGACUGGAGUUCCGACAGCAGAUUUCUUCAGACAGUCACUCAAGACUACGACCUAGUAUUCUGGGAUGUGAAAGCGUUAUCCUCAGAAAAAAGUCCACUAGUCAUGAAAGACGUGAAAUGGUACACUCAUAAUUGCAUGGUUGGCUACAUGGUGUCUGGAAUGUGGAACAAUCGCUACUAUCCGCUAACAACGGUUUUAACAACAUCAAGCAGAUCAGCUGCUCACGAUAUGCUAGUUAGUGGCGAUGCAGAGGGCUAUCUGAGACUCUUUAGGUACCCCUGUACUAGUGCAAAAGCUGAAUAUGUCGAAGAAAAGGUAUACAGCUCUCUGGUAGCCUGUGCAAGAUUCCUCUACAACGAUCAAAAUGUCGUGACCGUCGGUGGAACCGACGCUGCUCUCAUGCUAUGGGAGCUAGUCGACGAGUAG